AAUCCUGGCUCCACCCCUUUUGCAAAGACACACAAGAACACAGACAUACUCUCACACAGUCUCACACACGUGCGUCACAACAACACAGUUUCCCUGCCUCCUUGUUUACUGCUCAGCUCCAUCUCAACUCUUCCUCUCUUGUCUCGCUCCCAGCAGGAAAGCGAAAAAAGGGGAGGAAGAGGAGGUGGUGGUGGGCACUGUGGAGUAGUUUCCCAGUUGUCAUGACGACCUCACACCCCACCAUCCUGCUAUCUUCUUGUUACCACGGUGACCUGAUCCCGUUUCAUCUCCGCUCUUCUUGAUGAUCCGGAUUGGCUUGAUAAAUAAGUGCGAUCCGGGAGUGCUUCUUCCUAUUUCAGGAACGAGCUUGCGGACGCGAGAGCAGAUCCCACGCAGGGACGCAGAUUGGAGGACAGGACUGGGAAUGCUGUGGGAGUAACUCCGGAGCGUUGCCUGGAAACAGCAGCAUGCCAGUACAACAGAUAACUGUGGUUCCGUCCAGGGACAUAGCCAACAAUGGCAAGAGCGCUCUUCGCUCCAAAGACAAGACCGAGGGGAGGAAGGCACCUGGGCGCUCAGGGAGUCGAUCCAGCAACAUCUCCAAGGCUAGCAACUCAACUGCAGGGCUCACUACAGCCUCAAGGACAUCCAUAACACCAUCCGCUCAGGACAUAUGCAGUUCUGGACAGCUGACCCGCUUAGAGGAGGAUGCGUCUGAGUCACGCAAACACAAAAAGCACACACACAACUCCUCUGCAAUGACAGUCACUGGCACCACUCUGGGCUCAUCGGCUCAGGCACAGAAAAAGCAGGUGAAGCGACGUCACCGCCGCAAGAGAAGCAGCUGCACGGCCAUCGACUGCGUGGAAACCAAUGGCAAGCAUGACCACAGCGACCGGAGCCUCAGCUCUGACCGUAGUGAGCUGGGCGAGAAGAGGGAGCACUCCUUCAGGAACCGGAGGGAUCUCCCGCCUCGCUUCCGGUGCACAGGUGUGCCGCAUUCAGACUCCUCGGAGGAUGAGGCGUGCCGCGAGAGCCGCAGCUGGAGCAAAGAGAAAGCCAGAAGAGCGCGCCGCCGCAGCGGGAGCAGCCGGGACAGGGAUGUGAUAAACACACACAAAGGAGGAGAAGACAAAGCCGAGAUCAUGGAGCUGCAAUCUGUGGGCUCAGAUGAAGGGAAAGAGAGUCAACCUCUGAUGGAGGACGGCAGCGGCCUUAAGAAGCGCCACAACCACGGGAGCUCAGUGAAGAGAGACGGCCAUGCAUCGCAGAGGGAUCGAUCGCAGGGCAGAGAUAAGGAUACGAAGAGCUACAAGUCACAGAGCCCAAGAGGCAGCUCCUCAUUGGCCGACGACGGCGAGGAGCUCAUCACCAAGAGAUACCAGGAGAAGGGGUCAGGGGGCGGGGACAUGUCAGUGCCCACACUCCAGAAACACUGUGGUGCGAAUGGGAACACACCGCAUCCCUGCUCUGAUGACUCUGAGCUGGAGGUCUGCAGGAUCUGCCACUGUGAGGGGGACGACGAGUGUCCGUUGAUAAUGCCCUGUCGCUGCACGGGAAGCCUCAGUUUUGUUCAUCAGGCCUGUCUCAACCAGUGGAUCAAAUCCUCCGACACUCGCUGCUGUGAACUCUGCAAAUUUGACUUCAUCAUGGAGACGAAGCUCAAACCUUUAAGCAAGUGGGAGAAGCUACACAUGUCGAAGAGCGAGAGGAGGAAGAUCUUCUGUUCAGUGCUGUUUCACCUGAUAGCGAUAGUGUGUAUGUUGUGGUCGGUCUACAUUCUGGUGAGGAGAACUGCUGAAGAGAUCCGACUCGGAAAGAACGCCGAAUUAUGGAGAGUUUCUCUUCUGAAGUACUAUACGCCGCAGGGUGUGCUGGAGUGGCCCUUCUGGACUAAGCUGAUUGUGGUGGCCAUUGGCUUCACGGGUGGCCUCAUCUUUAUGUACAUCCAGUGUAAAGUCUACCUGCAGCUGUGGCGCCGCCUCAAGGCCUUCAACCGCAUCAUCACUGUGCAGAACUGUCCUGAGAAGGACCUGCACAACCCCCAGGCCCGGCACAGCACCAUCGCCAAUGGCAGGCAUGAAACCGUGGAGGUGCCGGUCAGCCAGGCCCCUGCCCCAGCUCCGGCAGCGGCGAUGGACUCUGACACGUCGGUGGAAGCUGCCGUGGCGCCGGAGCAAAACCCCGUUUGACUUAUCUCCUCCUGCUCCGAGAACAGUCCCUAAUCCCACUCUGCUCAUGGUAAUGUCAAUGAGCACAGUGAGAUUUGGACUUGUGCGGUGUUGUAAUGUUGUUCUCAACUCCAGUGGGUGCUGUUGGACAAACGAACUGAUCCGGUCCUUCGGUGAUCCAGAAAAGUUGGGGUCAGAAGGGCUUCACGAAGAAAGGAUGAGGGGCAGAGUGUGGAGAGAGGACAGAAAACAAAGCCAUCGGCACAGAACGCUUGUAAAGACCGUGUUUUGUCGUUUACCGACACCAUUUUAUCCCUGUAUGCACUUUCUCAACCUGCGCUGAUAUGAGUUACAGAUGUGAACACCCUGCAGAUGCUCAUCAAAGGUCUCAGUAUGUUUCAAAUGAAUCACACAUAUGACUCGUAAUCAGUCCCCACAUCAGCUGAUCGCUCAGCUGACACUCUGUCACACAUCUACAAGGCGGGACAAUUAAGCUGCUUCAGCCUUUACCACCCAGCUUCUCUGUUCUGCUUUCACUGAUCCUGCUACUGAUCUGUAAGGGGGACUUGCUGCUGCUCUUGCUGAGAGCUGGGAAGUCCCAGAAGAGAGCCUACACAGUCCUGAUUGGCCCAGCUGAAGCCUCGCAUGAAUCGUAGAAUCAGAGAUGCAACAUUGUAGCAGAUGAGGGCUACUCUGAAACGCUCCAGAUUCAGUCACCGCAGCCACGGUGCUGACUCUGAGAUCUGUAACACAUCUGUGCCCCUGGUGCUCACUGAGAGACUUCCCCAUUUAGAAGUUGAGCUGCUUUCAUAUUUUUGAACAAAACAUAUGGACCAAUCACUUUACAUGAAGUGCAGAUCUAUGACCCGCAGACACACUACUCAAAGGUUUUUAAUGAAUUUGGAAAAGUUGUCAAAGGUGAGUGAGGCAGGAUUAAAAAAUACAAUAGCUUGAGCUUGUUUUAAACCUGCCUGAUUGGGCCUGUGUGACAAGCUCUGAAGCAUACUGAGGCCUUUACUCUCCUUUUGGACAAUCAGGUCUUCAGACACCAAAGAGUCAGAUGUUAUAGGUAGAGAAGCAGACUGUAAACGGAACCUUUAGCUCAGCCGGAGAUCUAAAAACAUAAUAGUCUGAAAGUUAUCGUCAGAUUAUUUGUUAAAAUAGAAAGUCUACAGUAGCCCAGUCGUUUGCAGCUUCGGAGGUCCUGAGCUGGACAACCUUUAUUUAUGUUGAUGUAACUAGAGCUUUCAUAGUUCCCCCCCCCCAUUCAUGUUUUUACAUUAGAUUAUGAGCAUUUCACUUGAUUCGAACCGACACAAAGUCGGCCUACUCAAAGCGACUGUUACUCACACAUGACCACUUUUAUAGUCUCGAUUUGGUUUCUCACCUCACAGAAAAUACAGUUUCCUCUAUGUCUUAAACCCACCACAACAGCUUUUUUCUAAAUAAAACAGAGCAUCGUGGUUACAUGAAACGCAUAUUUAUUUGUGCAAUAAAUGAUGAAUGUAGAAACCUC